CCUGCCCUCGCCUCUGUGCUGCUGACUCUGCUCCUGGGCGGUGCAGCCCGGGCCGCGGAGAUCGUGGGCGGCCGGGAGGCGCGGCCCCACUCGCGGCCCUACAUGGCGUCCCUGCAGGUGGUUGGCAGCCUGGGCAGCCACUUCUGCGGCGGCACCUUGAUCCACCAGAGCUUCGUGCUGACCGCGGCGCACUGCCUGGAGGACAUCCCCGCCCACCUGGUGAACGUGGUGCUCGGAGCGCACGACCUGCGCACGCCUGAGUCCGCGCAGCAGCAGCGCCGGGUCGCGCAGGUGUUCCGGCACAACUACGACGCCAGGGCGAUCCAGAACGAUAUUCUUCUCAUCCGGCUCGACCGCCCGGCCAACCUCAGCGCCGAGGUCGCCACGGCCCAGCUGCCCCAGCAGGGCCAGGAGCUGCCCCAGGGCACCCCGUGCCUGGCCAUGGGCUGGGGCCGCCUGGGCAACGACGCCCCGGCCGCCAGCGUCCUGCAGGAGCUCAAUGUCACCGUGGUCACCUUUCUGUGCCGGCCGGGAAACCUGUGCACAUUCGUCCCCCAACGCAGCGCCGGCAUCUGCCUCGGAGACUCCGGGGGCCCCCUGAUCUGCAGCGACAGGCUGCAGGGCGUGGACUCCUUCGUGGUCAGGAAGUGUGCCAGUGGCCAGGCUCCCGACUUCUUCACGCGUGUGGCGCUCUACGUGGACUGGAUCCGCUCCGUGCUGCGUGGCUCUGCUGGGCACUGAGCCCGGGCCGCGACAGGCCCUGAGAGGGAACUUCAGGCAGAGGCCGAUCCUUCUCGCCCCAUGGAGACGUCAAUAAAAGU